UGACAGCGACAGUUUGGAUCACUGGAGUCUGGGGUCUUUAUCUGUGCACACAAUGCCUCAACACAAGGACAGACGAUCCUCUAAAUCUCAACUCAGUGUAUGGACUACAGUGUUUUUCCACUCAGUUAUCAUUCUUCAAAUGACACAGAUCAAUGCAGGUGAAUCUCUGACAAACAGUCAGCCUCGCAUGCUGGCAGUAAUUGGUCAUACUCAAGACAUCACCUUGCCAUGCAGUGUGGAUCCUCCCAUGAAUGCUGUGGAUGAGAUGGUAGAGUGGUCAAGAUCUGACCUGAAUCCCAGAUUUGUCCAUGUGUGGCGGUCAGGUGAAGAUCAUCUGAUUGGCCAAAACCCAUCCUACAAGAACAGAACAUCAGUGUCUAUUGAGAAACUGAAAACAGGAGAUGCAUCACUGAAACUCACCAAAGUGAGGCUGUCAGAUGAAGGAACAUACAGAUGCUUCAUUCCUGGACUAAGUGCAGAUUUGAGUGUUGAACUUGUUGUCGAAGCUGAUAUUCAGAUAACCAAAGUCAGCCCUGGAGUGUUAGAAUGUAAAUCCAAAGGCUGGUAUCCAGAGCCGGAUGUGUUUUGGCUGGAGAGUGAGGGCAAGAUCAUCCCUGCUGGGUCUAAAGAGAUGUUCAGAGAUCCUGAUGAUCUCUAUGCCCUCAGCAGCAGACUGACUCUGGAAAAAGGACACAGCAACAACAUCACCUGUAGAAUCCAACAAAACAAACAGCAUAGAGAAGCCAAGAUACAUGUCCCAGAUGAUUUCUCUGUGGAUUCAGCUAGAUCUACCAUUGCGGCAUUGAUUGUUGGCAUUAUGUUUAUUACUUUUGUUGUUUUUCUUGUUUUUCUUGUUUGGAAAUGGAGAAAAAACAACAUGGAGACUGGAAGCAAAGAAAAAAUGCAAGUUUUUGGUAAAGAUCAAGAAGAGGAAUCUCUGAUGAGGGGAGAAAAGGUCAAUGACACUUCACAUGUCAGUUUGUGUCAAAUAGAGGUGAAAAAUGACCAUGUUUCCAACAAAAAUAUCAUGCAGACAACAAAAACUGGCACACAACAAAAUAAUAACCACCCAGGUAGAGAGACAACAAAUAAUGUAUGCAAAUCACAUGAUGGAAUACAAGCACAACCUGAACAAUCUGACAAUAACAGCGAAAGAAGAAAUUAUGAAAUUCCAAAUCUGACUGAUAAUAGUGGACAAGGACAUCGGCCUAAACAACACGAAGAAGCAAACACUGAAGAAAACAAAAACAGAACACAAACUAUAAAUGAAACAGCAGAUCAGAGUUUAAUUAAAGCAGAAGGGAAAAAAACUACUCAUUCUGAGGGAGAAGACACAAUGAAACAGAAACAGGACAAUAUCAAGGAAAAUGUCAGUCCCACAGGAUCAGAAAGAAAUAUGGCAAACCAAAAUCAGGUUGGUGGUGAUAUGGAUGGCGAAAAAAGAGCGAAGGAAGUUUCUUCUGCAAACACAGAAGAAACAUCCCCAAUGCAGCAUGACAAUAAGGAAAACCAGUCAGAAAAACCUAUAACCACACAUCAGAUUGUAAUGAGUGGAGGCCAAAAACAAGAGAUCAAGGAAGCUGGAGAAGCAAUAAGCCAACCACAAGCUCAGAACAUGGAUGGGAACGGAAAUAAUGAAACAACAGAUCUACCUGGCAAAACCAUAGGUCAACAUAAUAGCGCAGAAGAGGGUCACACAAAUGAAGGGGAUGCAAGGGGAAGACCCACAAAUGAAGGGAUUGCAGGGGGAAGACCAACAAAUGAAGGGAUUGCAGGGGGAAGACCAACAAACGAAGGGAUUGCAGGGGCAGGACACACAAACAAAGGGAGUGGAGGGAGAAGACCCACAAACGAAGGGAUUGCAGGGGCAGGACUCACAAACGAAGGGAUUGGAGGGGCAGGACUCACAAACGAAGGGAUUGCAGGGGCAGUACCCACAAACGAAGGGAUAGCAGGGGCAGGACACACAAACGAAGGGAUUGCAGGGGCAGGACACACAAACGAAGGGAUAGCAGGGGCAGGACACACAAACGAAGGGAUUGCAGGGGCAGUACCCACAAACGAAGGGAUAGCAGGGGCAGGACACACAAACAAAGGGAUUGCAGGGGCAGUACCCACAAACAAAGGGAGUGGAGGGGGAAGACCCACAAACGAAGGGAUUGCAGGGGCAGGACACACAAACGAAGGGAUUGCAGAGGGAAGACCCACAAACGAAGGGAUUGCAGGGGCAGGACACACAAACGAAGAGAUUGCAGGGGGAAGACCCACAAACGAAGGGAUUGCAGGGGCAGGACACACAAAUGAAGGGAUUGCAGGGGGAAGACCCACAAACGAAGGGAUUGGAGGGGCAGGACACACAAACGAAGGGAUUGGAGGGGCAGGACACACAAAUGAAGGGAUAGCAGGGGGAAGACCCACAAACGAAGGGAUUGCAGGGGCAGGACAGACAAACGAAGGGAUUGCAGGGGCAGGACACACAAAUGAAGGGAUUGCAGGGGGAAGACCCACAAACGAAGGGAUUGGAGGGGCAGGACACACAAACGAAGGGAUAGCAGGGGCAGGACACACAAACGAAGGGAUUGGAGGGGGAAGACCCACAAACGAAGGGAUUGCAGGGGCAGGACACACAAACGAAGGGAUUGCAGGGGCAGGACACACAAACGAAGGGAUUGCAGGGGCAGGACACACAAACGAAGGGAUUGCAGGGGCAGGACACACAAACGAAGGGAUUGGAGGGGGAAGACCCACAAAUGAAGAGAUUGCAAGGGGAAGACCCACAAACGAAGGGAUUGGAGGGGCAGGACACACAAACGAAGGGAUAGCAGGGGCAGGACACACAAACGAAGGGAUUGGAGGGGGAAGACCCACAAACGAAGGGAUUGGAGGGCAGGACACACAAAGCGAAGGGAUUGCAGGGGGUGGUGUGCAGGACGUGGACGAUGGCGUCCUCCGUGGAUCUGUUGGGUCAGUAGGUGAACUGGAGCGGAUCUGUGGUGUCUGA